UUGACUGCUGCAGAUGCCAAGGUUUAUAAAGGUCAAGGGUUAGAAUCUCCCCUCCAGAUUGUGUUUGACCUCCCAUCCUUCUUCUCAACAUGUCAUCCAAAAUUGCCAUCUUUGGAGCUCUGCUCGCUUGCCAUGCUGCCGUCACUAGCGCCCACUUGAUGAUUUCAAAUCCCGCUGUUUGGGGAGGACGAUCUGAUGAGUUGGAAAACCCAUUGCAACCCGGGAAUGAAAACUGGUUCUGCCACGGUCAAUCUCGAGAGUCGGCAAAGGGCCAAGUUGAAGUAAAGGCAGGAGGAUCUGUCACUUUCCCCGUUCUUUGUGCCGCAGCUUCAAACAAUCCUGGAGAUGCAGCCAACAUUUGCGGGAACGACCCGAAUUCCUGGCACAAUGGAGGCGGAUGUGCCUUGUCCAUUGCGUACAAAAAGGAUGGAGUCAAACCAGAUGAUUUUGUCAUGUUUUCUUCGAAUCACGAUUGCCCUACGCGAAACUUUGGAUCUAUUGACUUUAAAGUCCCCGCCAACCUUCCUGCGUGCGACGAUUGCGUCUGCUCUUGGACGUGGAUCCCACAAACCGCUGCAGACGAAAUGUACAUGAAUUGCUUCAACUGCAAAGUGCUCAGUGACACCAAUGGCACCGUCACUAGCGGUACCUACCUCAAGGACCAUUAUUUCGCCGUCCCGGGCUAUGAAUCCAAAGGUGGUGCCCGCCCCCUCUACAAGAACGUCCUUCCCAACGGUGAACUCAAAAUUCAAGUAGCGACACCACCCGCGAGCGCCAAUUUCCAAUCCAACACGACCACCACGGUAGCCACUGUAAAGCCUUCCUCUACUUCUGCUGCCGUCGCUACAGGUCAAGCCACUUUUACGCCGGCCCCCACCCCAGAAAUUAAGAGCGCUGGUCUCGUUUCAUUUUCCCCCGUUGCAUGGGGUUUGCUUCCUGUCGUGGCCAUCUCCUCCUUACUCUUCUUCUAAACGUAGAUUCUAGACCCAGAUAUAUACAAUACAUAGAUAGUCUUGCACUGCUGGCCAGCAAGACUGCACAAAAAAUACAAUCUCUAAAUAUAAAUUAGAUUAGCUACUACUGCUUCCCGCUUAAAAACUUGGUUGCUGAAAAUGUGUUGGAAAAUUAAUUGCAGAA